AUGACAUGUGGGAGAGGAAGAGGUCGAGGGAAGCCACAUCGGAAGGUGCCUUCGUCAACAGAAAAUCCUACAAUGGUCGUUAAGGAGAAGGGUGAUGCAGGUUGUGUAGUACAAACAAAGGUUGUGGAAUUGAAUGAAUCUCAAGAUGAUGUGAGUCUAUCUGAAGAGGAUGAAGAGAAUGUACUACAUCAAGAAACCCUAGGUGAAUCUUCUACAACUCGAAUUGAAGCCAGCCAAGAGAAGAAAAAGCUAUGGGUGGAUGAUAUAAACGAAAAUCGGAACCCUGCGAAGGGGUUAACUAUGGAAUUUGUGGCAUCGACGGUGAUAGAUGGCGAAAUCUAA